GAAAAAGAGCAAGCUUAAAAAAAAAAAAAAAAAAAAAAAAGAGCUGUCAGUAUUCUACAGUGUUAAAAUCAAUUUUUAUUAAAAAUGAUACGAAUAUCAGCGCUGUGAACCGGACCGGUCCUGUGUUUUCACUGUACCAACCACUGGAAUGGGGACGCAUAGCUGGAGGUGUUAUUUCUCGAGACUCGCGCGUCUCUCAGUGCGCUGGGUCCGCCUGUGUCCCCAACAGAGACAAGGGAAGCGGCCUGGCCCACUCCGGCAGUUAUGGAGCUAUGGAAAAAUCAUCUUCAACUCCCUCUACUUCAACGUCCUCACCAACUGGGAUACGGUGCUUGACUCGAUCUUUGAACCUGUUUACUGGUUGGUGGAUAACCUGACCCGCUGGUUUGGGGUGGUGUUUGUGUGUCUGGUGAUUGCUCUCACCGGUUCUGUAGUGCUGAUCGUCUACCUCUGCGUCCUGCCUCUGAUCAUACACACGUACCCGACGCACUGGAUCUUCUGGCACCUCUGCUAUGGCCACUGGAAUCUUGUGAAUAUUGUGUUUCACUACUACAAGGCUGUCACAACAUCGCCUGGACAUUCUCCGCAGGAAAAGUGUGAUAUUCCAACAGUGACCAUUUGUAAGAAGUGUAUUGUCCCCAAACCGACUAGGACGCACCACUGCAGUAUCUGCAACGCGUGUGUUUUAAAAAUGGACCAUCACUGUCCCUGGUUAAAUAACUGCGUGGGCCAUUUCAACCACCGCUACUUCUUUUCCUUUUGCCUUUAUAUGACCAUGGGCUGCAUCUACUGCAGCAUCAGCGCCAAAGACAUGUUCUUAGACGCUUACAAUGCCAUUGAGAGCUAUUAUCAGACUCCUCCACCCCAUUUCACUAAUGAGGAGAAGCUUUUUCAUAAGAGCCUUCUUUACAUGUGGGUGCUAACCAGCUCAGUGGCAGUAGCCUUGGGAGGUCUGACCAUCUGGCAUGCUGUGCUUAUCACCAGAGGAGAGACAAGUGUGGAGAGACUCAUUAACCGCAAAGAGAAAAAACGCCUGAAGCAGAUAGGCCAGGUAUUCAGGAAUCCGUAUCAUCAUGGAAGAAAAAAUAACUGGAAAAUCCUGUUUGGUGUGGAGAAAAAGAGUCAGUGGAUAACACGGGUACUGUUACCCUCCAGUCAUCCUCCUCGUGGUGAUGGGCUAACAUGGGACUGUCCUACACACAGACACGGGGCUAUGGACACCAUAUAAAGGUUUAAUAAAACAAACAAGCACACAAACCCACCCACAUUUCAAACCAGCAGAUUUCAGUCCACUUAGUGCAAAGAUCUGCACUUCUGUGUUAGCAAAGCAUCACUGUGGUGUGAAGUGCAGGCCCUGUUCAGUCGUUAUGACAAGGAGAAGCUGUUUUUAUGCCUUUUGUACAGUGGUGUAUUGCAGUGUCUUAAACAUAUAAGUGACUGAUUGGAUGUGCCAAAGAGUUACUGCAAAAUGAUCUUUUCUAGACGUGUGCUAUUUGUGAGAAACAUCAAACAUCCUUUUAACGUAUUUUAAUGUGUGAAAGAUUUCUAAUUUGGCCUGUGCAUUCCAUUGAACGGACAUUAAUGGAGAACAGUUGGUUGGGAGAAGUACAGUUACUGAGGGGUUGGUCCAGUUAUGUAUGAUUUGCUUGGGUUAUGAUAGCGUUUUGAAAAUAUUUUUUACAGUGUGCCUUUUAAGUCUAUUUGGGAAGAUGGAAUUUUCACAUGUAUUAGGUACACAAUUCAAUCAUCAAAUUGACCUAAUGGGUUUUUUUUUUUUUUUUGAUGAUUCAUUAAAAUGUUUUGGCUGCUAAAGGCUGAUGAGGAUCAGCUGCUCAUGAGAAAUUCAACAGCAUUUCACGAAACGGCAAAACGAUCAUUCUGAAUAAAAGUGAUAUCGGAGCUGUGCUCCGUACAGCUGA